UAGCCGCCACCCUCCUCUGCUUCUCCUCCUCAGCUGAAACAGAGAGAAAAGCAGAGUUUUCAUUAGCAGAUCUCAAUCUUCCAUCGCCUUCCGUUCUCCGUCUGGCUCGAUUAAGCUCUUCCUAGUUGAGUAACCGAGUGUCUUGCUGCUCUCUGUUCCUCCUUUGACAAGAUAAAACUGAUGGACCGGAAUUAUGGGAACGGCACCGAUGUUCUUGUUGUCCCCAAGGAUCAAGAAUUCUCAGAUCGGCUCCCAUCACCAAACAGUUGGCAUCAUUGGGGAAUAUAUAGCCGCCCAGCUUUUGGGUCACCAAACAAAUUCCUCAUCGCUGAUGAGGAAGAAAGCCAAUUGAAUAUUAUGAGUUGCAGCGAAGUGGAGACGCAACUUUCGCCUCGCAGUCGGCACCAUUCUAGCGCGUCCAGCACAUGUGAGGGCUUGUCUAGCGGGGAGUUUCAUCGGAACUUUCGCUCAGUCGACAUGCCAGAUUGCCAGCUUGACUUAGCCAGAGCAGAUCAGAUGGACGACAUUUUCUUAAACUCCUUACUGGUAGAUUCGCCAGGGAAUGAAACUCUUGACAGAGCAUAUUGCUGGUGUCCUUCAUGCAACCAUGGCAUGUUAACUGCUGAUGAUUCGCGCUUAAAGGUGAUGGAUUCUCAGAGUAUCUCAAGGAACAGUUCCCCUUCAACAUCUUUCGAAAUUGAUCAAGGAGUUACCAUGCCACAGUUUAACUCGUGCGACAUGGAUGAUGACAAUUUUCAACCAGCAAAGGCUCUGGCUCAGCUGGUGAAAAUUUCGUGCCCUUCUGAACAAUGUGAAGCGUAUCAACCUAUGGUUGAGGAAACAAUGUCAACUGAAGAAUAUGUUUUGUGGGAGCUUGAAACGGUGAUGGCACAGUUAAGUGAGAAAAUGAGGAUAUGCUUUCGUGAUGCUCUGUAUCGCCUUGCCGAUAAUUCGAAGCAGCACCCUGUUGAAGCCGAGAGUCACAGCGGAAACUCCACCCCAGAAAGCUCACCACUGUGGACACUCGGUGCUACAAGGAAAAGGUCGAGGAAUGUCGCAAAGGAAUCAGAGACGAAUGUCAUUGACCGAGCCAUUGCUAAUAUAAUGUUCAACAAGAUGGACUUCAAUCUACAAGAUUCUACUGCCAUAGGAUCAGACAGUUUCGAGCAUGACAUCGUUGGAGAUUGUGAUCCUUACACCACGAAAUGGUCGAAUGAUUUCGAGGUUCCAGUCUUCGGAAAGAUGUAACCGUUCAAGGAGCGGUAGACUGGCCUGAACUCUUCUCGGAUGCUGCAAAUCACCUGGUGAAUUCGUGUAUGCCAGAUAUGACAUUGGUUUAUUCACAAUUUCAGUGAUGGCAAAGAGACAGGGACUGGUCCGCAAAGGCACGUAGCUUUUUGCAUUUUCGAACUGUAUAUAUCGCGGCAUAAUAAACUACAAGUCUUGCUACAGGCUUUCUAGGACUAGCAAGUAUGUUUCCAGACGAGACAAGUUCAUGUAGAAAUUUCAGGAUGUCUUUUUCUGUUGGUUGUAGAGUAGAUCUCAGACUGAAUGAGCAGUCUCUGAUGAAUAGGGACGGUUUUUUUCCCUCUUCUAAGGACGGGUUUGCCCCUCGCCUGUAGUUAUUUUAUUUUUUCCUAGUGUCUGUAAGUAAGGUUUCUGCUUGGCCUUUUGGACAUCUGCUUAUAUCGAGCCUUCCUAAAACU